ACCUUGGUAAAUUGGAAUUGCACUUCAAACCCGAGAAAAUGAUCCAAAAUAAAUAUAGGCGCUUCAGACCCGUCACCACUAUCGAACAGCAGACCUGUUCUGGUGUUGGUGCAUUUCUUCCACACACCCCACUUGAGAAACGCCCUGUAUCACCACCCAUCCCCAAGAGAAGACUUGGGUGCAGCGUGUGUGGAUCCACUCCGGUUCUGGAUGUCCCACCACCCAAAAGAAAACCAUUCGGGAUGUCCAAAGGCGAGAGCCAGUGGGCUCAGUUGGUACGGCACCCAUGUGUCAGGGUGUCAGAGCAGGAAGAACGCUUCUUUGAACAGGGCCAGCGGGAAAAAGAUCACUGGACAUUUCUUCGGACGGCUGAAGCAGAGGCUCAGUGUUUGAAGAUGGCCAUUCGGGAUGAUAACAAAGCUCUCAGUCAAAUCAAUAAGAGAAUCCUAGAGCUGGAAAAUGAAAUCAAGAAUCUCCACAGAAAAUCACAGAUAAUCGAAAAUCAUCAGAACAACAUCCCGUAUGAGAUGAGUGUAUCCUUUAAGGACCUCCAGCUCAAGGAGCUGCUGAGAAUUAUAAUAAACGAGUUAGACAUGAUAGCUGAGCAACAGAAGCAAACCUCGAGGGACAUCAUGAGUAAGAUACAGACAAUGGAAAGGGUGAAGCUGAAGAGGAAUGUGAUUGUCCGCGAGAAGGAACAGCACAGCAAAUCACUGAAGAACAUCAAUGUUAGAAUUAGAGCGGCUCAGGAGGCUCACAAGGACCUGUUCAGACGUGUCAGAAACUCAGUGUACUGAAACCUGACCACUUCUGGACACCAGUACCCUACUAACAAACUAGCAUACCCUGUUGCUAAAGUAUGCUCGCUUGUUACUAAGGUUACUAAGGUAAGUAUUUAGGUGUUGCUAGGUUGUUGUAAUUAGUUACUAGUGCGUUUAAUUAAUUUGCUAUGUGUUAGGUUUUUAGUUGUUUAUUGUGUUAUACAUUUGUUACUACGGUAAUUCAGCUGGUCAGUACAUUUGUUAUUUCAGUUGGUCAGUAGUUUGUAUUUACUGUGUGAUGUUGAGAUGGUAUAGCUUGCUAUACUAGGUUGUUUUGGAUGAUCAGUAGGUAUUGCUAAGGGACUUUAGCUGGUUACUAGGGUGUUUAAUCUGGUUGUUAUGCAUUGUUAGGGUCUUUGAGCUGUUUACUGUGUGUUCCUAAGGUAUGUUAGCUUGUUACUAGGGUAUUUCAGCUGAUCAGUAGGUGUUGUUAAGGGAUUUUAGCUGGUUACUAGUGCGUUUAAUCUACUGUGUGUUAUAGCUCCUUACUAGGGUAUUUCAGUUGGUCGGUAGGUGCUGCUACAGUUGGUGCUCAACCAGAAUGCGUUUCUCGCCGCCUUAGGGGCCGUGGCGGGGAAAUUUUAAUAACUGCUCUUGAUCUCUAACUGUCGCUAUACCCAUAGAUUUUCCAGUGAACGUGUGUCACGUCAUGUUUUCAUGAGUAACAGUCAGUAGGAAAGUGGAAAUACUUUAAACAUUUCUAAAAGUCAAAUUAAUAUGAAACCUAAAAAAACAUCACUCCGAGGCACUCGAAAGUGUUAUAAAAGUUUAAAAGCCUUUAUUCAGGGCUUAAAGUUUUCCAGCACCGUGCCGGAUCUCUGGCUUGCUGCGUUUGACUGCGGAAAAAAGAUUUACUUUAAAAAAAGAUUACAUUUAAAAAUCUUAUUAAUAUCAGUUCAUAAGUUCACCUACCAAUGGUAUGAGAGGAACACAGCCAUAGCCGCGGCAAGUUCCCCCUGACGUGGAGCAAAAGAAAAACGGAAACAGUGUCAAAAAUAAAUAGAUAGUAUUUGCACUAGGUCCGCCCACCAAUAUGUAAUUAGAAUAGAAAAAGUGUAAAAACGUCACCAUUUCAAACAUCCUCUCCGGUGGCGUAAGGUGUAAAGUCUGUAUUGCGUGGCACAGGAGACCCAGGUUCAAAUCCAACUCCGGCUCAUUUACAUUUUUCUACCACGUUACAGAUCAUAAAGACAUUUCUUUUUAAUAAAAUUUAUUUAAGACUUAAAAUUAAUUUUUAUUCAUAAAGUUUAGGGUAAGGUUAGGGGGGUGUAAGGCUUUAAUAUCUCAAGUUGUCAUCAUUUUAAUAUUUUUUUAUAAAUAUAAAUUAUAUACACAGUUAUUAUUGAAUAAUGUUGAAUGCAGCAGUAAUGUAAGACAGUUAUUUCUUUAUUUGAGAUUGUGGCUAAUAGGUCUAACGUUACAUGCAGAAUGUGUAACGUUAUGGGGUGAUUUCUAUUUGCUGUCGCCGUGCAGCAUGCAGUUGUGUUUAAUCACGUGACUGGUUUUCCCUUGGUUUAUUAUAGGUUGAUGUUUGGCUGGUUAAGCUGCUGCCAUGCAGCUAAGUUAGUUUCGUACAACAGAUUGUGCUUUGGCUACAGGCAUUAUAUAACAUGUGUUUAUGUGUUUGUUUUAUAUGCUAUAUCCUAGAAUCAAACUGGAA